ACACAGGCUUACUGGAUAAUUAAUUUAUGAUUAAUGUAUUUUAGAACAUUCACAGCUGUGCAGCAUUUGUUGUUUUUUAAAUGAAGAUUAUUCAAUUGAUCACACCGAUGACAUCACAGCCAGGAUUCCAAGCGGAAGCUUUAAAUAGAGCAGGUGUACCUCAGAGGCGCAUAAUAGCAGGAGCUGAAUCAGGGCAUCAGCUUUAUGACUUCUACAGAUAAAAAAAGCAGUUUGUUGUUUAGUAUAUUAGUAUAUAGCUGAGAUGGCUGAAGGUGAUCCUUUUGAUGAUAACCACCCUCAAAUUGUCAUUCAGUUCAAUGAGACUUGCUUCGAAGAUCCCUCAAUCAACUUGCUCAAUAUCCCCUGACUCCUGGUCCUUACCACAAUCCAUUGCUCUACAUGCUGGCCUGGAAUGCAGAUUACUGGUCCAUCACUUUUUAUGCAUCAGGUGAGGCCUUGGAAAUCGCAUUUUAUCCCAUGUAUAUUAAUACCCCAUCUAUGAGCGAGUCCAGCACAGAUGAUGAACAGCCUGGACCUUCUAAUCUGGUCAGCAACAGCGAGGGCAGAGCUGGAGGAUCAUCUACGAGUGAGUCCAGCACAGAUGAUGAACAGCCUGGACCUUCUGCCCUGGUCAACAAUAGUGAGGGCAGAGCUGGUCGAUCAAGAACAUCUGCUGACCAAAGCUCAGGGGGUCAGCUUAAGACGAGACAGGGCUUUAAAAGCAAAAGAGAGCAUGGCCGGUCAGAGAGCCGACUACGGAAAAAGAGGAGAUUAGACCACAACCCUAAUUCUCUUCCAAUGUUUAUUGAUAACUCACCAGAAGCACGUUGGGAGACACAUAUGAGUGGAUCCAGCACAGAUGAUGAACAGCCUGGACCUUCAAACCUGGUCAACAGUUGUAAGGCCAGACCUGGAGGAUCCAGAGCACCUGACAGGUCAGAGAGGAGAGAAUGGAAAAGGUGGAGACCAGACCACUGGUCUGAUUCUGAUGAUUCCCUCAGCUCAGGCUUUUCUUCUCCAGCAUUACUUGAAGAAACAUCUAGUGAUGAUAAACAGCCUGAACCUUCUCACAGGGAGAACAGUGAGGCCAGAGUAUCUGCUGACCAGAUUAAGCAGGAAAAGAGUUCAGACCACCAGUCUGAUUCAUUAAUGGAUUCCCUGAUCUCAGAGUUUUCUCAGAUGUAUAUUAGUACCCCACCAGAAACAUGUGGGAAGAUGAAAUCAUCCAACAAAGAUGAUGAACUGUCUCAGCUAGUCAACAACAGUGAGGUCAGAGCUGAAGGAUCGAGAGCUUCUUCUGACCAAAGCUCAGACAGUCAGGAUGAGAUGAGACAAGGAGUAAAAAGAAAAAGAAAGACUUCUAGCAGGUCUGAAAGUAGAGAAAAUACAAAGAAUGGAUUAGACCACCGCUCUGGUUCUGAUUCAAUUGAUGACCAGGCUGACCCUUCUGUCAGAGACAAUAAUGAAGCCAGAGCUGGAGGAUCCAGAGCACCUUCUGACCAAAGCUCAGGUAGUCAGAUGGAGACGAGACAGGGUUUAAAAAGAAAAAGAAAGACUUCUGACAGGCCAGAAAGCAGAGAACAAAAACCGAGGAGAUCAGGUCGCCAUAAAUAAGACAUAGUGUUUUUUAACACAACACAAAGCCAAUGGAUCCGCAAAAUUAAUUUAGCUAUGUUGGAAACACACACUGAAUUGCCUAAUCCAGUAAAAGUAGAAUUUACUUUAUAACGCGGGAUGUCACAAAGUUGCGAUAUGGACUCGAGUCUGUGAAGACUAAACCACAAAAAGACUGCUACUGAAAUAUGAAUCCAGCAUGUUCUGCGUAUCUCUAUAUGAAUAAAUGAGAUGUCCGGUUUUGUAAACCAAACUGUUGUCUCUUGAAUGAAAACAAAACACUGAGUUGAAAGAUUCCAUAAGGCCCUGAAUAUAAUUUGUGUUAAACUUUUAAUAAAUUGUUGUUAAAUUAUAUAGGUUUUAUAAUUUAAAAAUGAAUAAAGAUCUUGCAUAUGAUUUGAGAUCUUCUUGUGUCAACUUUAGUGGUCAGCCACAAUCUGUGGAUCUAGACCACAAAUGAAAACUGGUCGCAGUUGAGACUGAACCAUGUCUAAUAUAGCACUAUGGUGAUUCAUGGUGCUGAAUGAGAGGGCACCUGCCUUCACCACAUCUAACCUCUCAGCGAGUUCCCAGAGGAGCACAAAAGGCUUUCCGACUGCGCUGGGCAGGAGGGCGCUGCCUCUUGUUUCCUGCUUCCUCUUUCAGGACUUUUCAAUAGCAGAGGAGCUGGGGUUCCACCAAUGAUUCAAGACUCUUAAUGCUUGAUCAAGGAUAUACACAGAGCCCAUACAUUCACUUUUAUUUAAAGACUGAGCAGGGCAGGGAGAGAGAGAGACUUCUGAGGUUACCUCAUGAGUUGCAUUUAUCAGUCCCAGCUUGUCAAUUUUAGUCUAUUUCUGUGUGUAAUUAUGUUGCGCUUAAGUAUAACAGGCUCAUCAUACAGACUAAUCUAUAGGCUAUGUGGUCAGGUGGGGAUUUUUUCUUUCUGCAGGUUACAUCAAUAUGCCAGUAUUUGGCAACAAAUUACCAUUUUUAUCAUUUGAGUAACUGAAUCAUUCAUUUAAUUGAUCUGUUCAAAAACGCAGAUCCAUUCAGGAAUUAAAAAAAGUGAUUGACUUUAUGACUGAGUUAUUGAAUCAUUCACUCUUUUUCCUUUGCGAUCUUCAAAUACUUAACCUACUGUAAGUGACAAACCACACAUUAAAAAGUGAAUCAUUCAUUCAAUUUAUUUGUUCAAAAUACUCAUUAAUUCAGGAAUUAAACAAGUGAUCGUCUUUAUGAGCCAUGAGAACUCCCUUUGAGUCCAGCGUGUGUGUGCGUGUGUGUGUGUUAGAGCAGAUGGGAGAAACACAGAUUAGACACUCUGGCAGGGAUAUCUAAUUAGAGUCUGGACAGCAUCGGUGACACAGGAAACACCCACUGCUCUUUCCCAGAGAAUCGCAGGAGAAGCUAAGAGUACAACCAUCAGGUUGAACACUGAACUAGCAACAAUUAUCCACUUGGGAAUUUACAAAUCCCACCAUCUCAAUCCUCCCUUAUAUCCUGUAGCAAGCAUUCCCAAAUCCAUUCGUGGUCCUUGGAGGAAUCCUUAAUCAGUACUGCUGGAAUGCUCAAAUUAGCCCAGACUGAUUGUAGUGCUUAUGCAGCAGGGGAGGAUGGGAUUCAGGCAUGCAGGGCAGGUGUGAGCAGAUGACCAUCCUUCAAACUCAUCUUACCCCUACUCAUGUGCCUUAGGGCUGAUAACACACACACACACACACACACACACACACACACACACACACACACACACACAUACACUUAUAUCUAAGCUGCCCAUCCAGUAUUCCCUGGAAACGAGGUGUGAUUAUACAUGUCAUCGGUGACAUCUUUCUGUCUAGAAGUUGAGAACUGAUGAACAGCAUGUUGUUUUUUCAUACUGUCUGCAGGAAUGAUGUAAGCUCACAUGAGAACAAGAGCUCUCUUGUCAGUGAGGGCUUAUUGCAGUAUAGAUAUUUUUUCAGUUUCGUUGUGCUUUCUGAAUAUUCCCGCACUGGGUCAGUGAGGCACACCUGUUUGUGAAUGUUGGUAUUUUUUUAUGAGAUGUUUGCACAUAGCAUGUGGUUUAG